AUGUCGUCCUACAAGCUUCCCAACAUCCCGUCUCUGCGCAAACAACAGCUUCGGCUUGAAUUCGCCAGCUUGAAAACCGCCCCUCUCCCUGGUGUCUAUGUGAAUAUCUCAGCGACAGAUCCGACCUUCUGGUCCGGAGUUAUUUUUGUCCAGAAAGGCCCCUACGCAUCUGCUAUUUUACGAUUCCAGCUCCGCUUUCCAUCGACAUAUCCAGAUCUACCGCCAUUGGUGACCUUCACAACAGACAUAUUCCACCCUCUCAUCGUGCCCCUCACAACGUACACAUUUAGUACGAACUCUCCUGAUACGGACACCGUAAGCGCAACGGACGAGGAACGCCUGCCACCUGGUGGCUUUAGUCUGAGGCAUGGGUUUCCACAUUGGUUCGGAAGGGCACGCAGGAGUGCAUCUAAUUCAGCGACACAAUCGAGGAACGUGAGUGGAAGCGACCAGAAUGACACGAAACCAACAGCCUUGGAACAGCAACAGUCCAGUCAGGGGACAAGCGAAUCAACUCCAGACAAAACCCCUACCAAUCCUGGGACGUCGUCUACAGGAGGACUAGAUGCCUCAUCCUCUGGGCGAGGUUCGUCACAUGAUUCCCAUGGACAUGUAUCUCCAUUGCCAGUCGGCUCGCCGUAUACUUCCAGCCUUCAAGUGAAUGUCCCAGUAUUGAAGGUGCUCAACUAUAUUCGGUCGACAUUUGAUGACGAAGAAGUAUUGGACUCUAUACCGCUGGAGGCGGCUGGAAACCCGGGAGCCUGGCAUGCGUGGCGAUCUCAUCGGGGCCUAGGAUAUAGGGAAGGAGAAGAUGGUGUAGAUGGGUCCGUGAAAAGGGGUAGCCUUCAAGCACGGCGUCCUGGGGAAUGGAACUGGGAGGGUGUCUGGGAGACGAGGGUUCAGGCUGGAAUUGAGACUAGUUUUUUGGAAUCGGUCCUUUUCGGAAAUAGUACGCGUAGUGGUGCGAGUGAUGAUCUGAUUCGAUUCAUCAAACUUGAUAGCGAUACGCUUGCCAAAACGAAGGAAGAGAUUAUCUCUACCCAGGGUAUCUCUACCCAAGAAGGUGGCGAGAUAGACACAGCAUGA